AUGAUCCAACGUUGGGUUCGUGGAGAUGCUGCAGGACUCAUGGCCGAAGUCCUCGCAGUGUGGAAGAAGCUUCUUGACAACAGGAAAGCAGCUGCAAGAAGAGAGAGAGCACACCAAGCGGUGAACUUGUUGCUUUGCACCUGGCGGCGGCCUGGUCCGCAGGGAGUGGCAGCCUGUGCACUCUCAGCUUGGAACCGCUAUGCGGCAAGAAAUCAAGGACGCACCCGCGCAAGAAAUUCCAUAGAGCGUCAAGUGAAGCGCUAUUUGCUUGGCAAGACGAAUGCCAUGCGCGGAGUGGUGCUGGCAGACUGGAGACAGGUCACUCGCCGCGGGAAAGCCCAUGGGUCCGUGGAAAUCAUCUUGAAGCAGUGGGAGUUGGGCUCCGCCCGUGGGCUUCAAACCACGGCAGCGCUUUGUCAAAGAACUGAAGCGAGACCAAAAACAUCAACGAGCACAUGCAGCGGUUGA